GACAGCACCGUGAAAAGACCUUAUUGGAUAUGGAUGGAGCCAUUGUACACAGCACAUUCCCUUCUUCAUCCUCCAAAAGAAAAGAAAAAGAAUUAUGCAACUCAUGACUCCGUUUAUAUAUUUAACUACAAUUCUUCUCCCAUUUCCCGGAGUUCCCCUUCAGCUAUAGCCUGUUAAUUCUUUCAAAGAUGGCUAGAAUAGCCUUUGGUCGCUUUAAUGAUUCUUUCAGUUUAGGCUCUCUCAAAGCCUAUCUUGCUGAAUUUAUCUCGACUUUGCUCUUCGUUUUUGCUGGUGUUGGCUCAGCCAUGGCUUACAAUAAGCUGACAGGUGAUGCAGCUCUUGAUCCAGCCGGGCUAGUAGCCAUUGCUGUUUGCCAUGGAUUUGCGCUCUUUGUUGCAGUUGCUGUUGGUGCCAACAUCUCCGGUGGCCAUGUCAACCCUGCUGUCACUCUUGGCUUGGCUCUUGGUGGUCAAAUGACCAUCCUCACCGGCAUAUUCUACUGGAUUGCCCAACUCCUUGGCUCCAUCGUUGCAUGCUACCUUCUCAAAGUUGUCACCGGAGGCUUGGCAGUCCCCAUCCACAGUGUUGCAGCUGGAGUAGGAGCCAUUGAAGGAGUCGUCAUGGAGAUCAUCAUCACGUUUGCCUUGGUUUACACUGUCUACGCAACUGCUGCUGACCCCAAGAAGGGAUCCCUCGGCACCAUUGCCCCCAUUGCCAUCGGUUUCAUUGUUGGUGCCAACAUCUUGGCUGCAGGCCCAUUUUCUGGUGGGUCCAUGAACCCAGCCCGAUCCUUUGGGCCAGCUGUGGCUAGUGGUGACUUCCAUGACAACUGGAUCUACUGGGUUGGGCCUCUUAUUGGUGGAGGGCUAGCUGGACUUAUCUAUGGAAACUUAUACAUCACUGAUCAUAGUCCUUCGUCCUAUGAGUUCUAAGUCAGUCUAAAAUAAAUUACUCAACUUGAGCUUCACUGUGCCGCAUUUGUCUUUGUAAGAAAGAAAGGGAAGCAGAUUAUGCUAUUCUUCCUUUUCGUUGCUUUUUUUUUUAAAAAAAAAAAAAAACCAUUCAUCAAGUCUAUCAUCAUGUUGUCAAGAACCAUUUGCUUUAUGAGAAUGAAGGGAGUGUGUGGAUACUUUUUUUUCA